AUGUCAUCUGAAUCCUCCCCAACUACAACUACGGUAACUGACGACCACGAGGAUGGGAAAUCUACUCAUUUAUUUGUUUUGAUCCAUGGAUUAUGGGGCAGUCCAAAUCACAUGCACACGAUUGAACGAUAUUUAAAAGACUCAUUACCCACAACAACAAAUGAUGAAAUUGCUACACUUAAGCCAGCAAGCUUUAGGUUUUGGAAAACGUACGAUGGUUUAGAUCUUAAUUCAAGGAAGAUCGUCACUGAAGUCUUUUACGAAAUAGAAUCACUAAGGGAAAAGAAUGGGUUGAAAGUUACCAAAAUCAGUUUUAUUGGAUAUUCUCUAGGUGGAUUAUUGUCUCGCUAUGUCAUUGGUCUUUUAAAUGAGUUGGGAUUUUUUGAACAAGUGGAACCGGUAUUUUUUUCCACAUUUGCAACACCACAUAUGGGGGUUGAGUUUUUCCGUGACAACAUCUUUGACAAUAUAGCCAAUAUAGUUGGUCCGUUUUUGUUUGGCAAAUCAGGAGGAGAAUUAUUUAUCGCAGAUAAGGAUAAGGCAUUGGUUGCAAUGGCUGAUCCGAAACAAAAGUACUACCAAGGGUUGGCAAAAUUUCAGAAACAAACGUUGUUAGCCAAUGUUCGGAAUGACAGAACAGUAGCCUUUUUCACGUCUUUUAUCACCCAGUACUCUCCAUUUGAUGAGUUUGAUUUGGUUAAAAUAAAGUACUUGAAGAACCUUCCCGAAACUAAAAUAGCCAAUAAACUCGUGAGGCCUAAGAUUGUCGACUUGACGAGAUCGCACAAGUUGGCCCACGAUGAUUCCAAGUUAUUUCCUGGUAAUUUACAAGAAGAGACACCGUUUGUUAGAAAGAACAAUUUUGUCAAAGUCAGAAUCCACAAACUUCCUAAUAUUAGAGAACAUUGGGCACGAGUGAUCAACUAUGUGUACAAUGAUAAACCUAUGGACCCCGAGGAUGCAGAAGCGAGUCAAAAACAGCGUGAUAAGCGUAAGCGCAUAGCUCAACAUGAGAGUUUCAAAGGUGAUACUUCGCAUAUCACUGAAAAUGCCAUGGAAGGAAUGCUUUAUGCAGAAGAACACUUUUUGCAUAGAAGCAAAAGCUCGGGCUCAGUGAUUCCAGAAGGUGAUGAAAACAACGACGAUUCAGAAGAGGGCGACGACGAAAGCAAAUUAGUCAAGCCAAAGUCGAAAGAUGUUGGCGACGACACAAAUUUGCAGGAAAUUUACCUCGAUAAUAGAACAUCAGCAAAGUUGGUAGACAUUGAUUUCAAAGCUAAUGACGAGAUCAUGCAUGCACUGUUGCCCACACUUCAAAACUAUUCCAAAACAUCAAUGUUCAACCACGAAUCGGAGUUGAAAUUGGAUGAGGCAAAAACAUUUAUAAAGGAUUCGUUGAACCAGUUGGAUUGGAUUAAAAUACCGGUGUACCUUGAUGUUUGGAAUGCUCAUGAUGGAAUUGUGAGUCGUAGAGGACCGAAGACUAACCCAAAGGGCGCUGCUACUAUAGGCCUCCCACUAAAACGACAAUUUCACCAAGCUAUUCCUGCUUCAUCGAGUAGAUAUGGAAUGAAGGUCUUUCUUGGUUUAGCCACUGGUGUCUCGGUUCUAUCGCUAGGAUACAAGUCUCAGGUAUACAAUGACGUUCAUGCGUUGGACACAUCAAUACACGAAUUAACCCCGAUAAGUUCCGCCGAUACUUACGAAUCAGGACUAUAUCAAGCAUCACAAAAGGAAGAAUACGACCAAUUUGAUACAUAUAGAAAGAGUAAGACACAGCAUGCAUCUAUAUUUGUGAGGUCAUUAUAUAAAGCAGCAUUUUUCCUACAGGACUACCUAAUUGAUCCAGUAAUCACAUUUUCCCGCUUCAUUGAAUUAUCUUGUUUGUUCUUGCCGGUCUUGUUUUCAAGCCCCAUCUGCUGGUUUGGUAGAAAGCAUCGUAAUUCCGAUGGUGUCAUGGUCCGAACUGGUGCAACUCUUUGGUAUCGCUACCUUCGUUGGUCUGCCGAAAUUGCCGGCGCCUCGUUCAUAAAAUUGGGCCAGUGGGCGGCUAGUCGAACGGAUAUAUUCCCUCAGGAAAUGUGUGAUGAGUUAGCAACAUUGCAUAGUCAUGCAAAAGCUCAUAGUUUUGCCCAAACAAAAAAGAUCUUACAAAAGAGUUUUGGCGGCUUGCCGUUUGACAAGAUUUUUGACGAAUUUGACGAAAAGCCGGUUGGGGUGGGCGCAAUUUCCCAGGUAUACAUUGCCAAACUUUCCAAGACUGCUUUGAAUCAGGCAUCAAAGCAAGAAGCCGAGAUUCAAAAGAAGCUUAAACAACAAGACAAGGGUCAUGAACCACAGUUUUUCGAAAACUUGAUUGUUACAGAGAAUUUAGAUUCAAAUGAGCGUGUUGCGAUCAAAGUAUUGCAUCCAAAAGUGGAGAUAAAUAUCAAUCGAGAUUUAAAGAUUAUGAAGUUCUUUGCUGACUUUAUAAAUAUUAUCCCUACUAUGGAAUGGUUAUCGUUGCCCGAUGAAGUGGAGCAAUUUUCUAUUUUAAUGAGGUUGCAGUUGGACUUGCGAAUUGAGGCGUUGAAUUUGGCCAAGUUUCGCGAAAACUUCAAGAGCAGAUUGGAUAUACAUUUCCCGAAACCGUAUUUGAGUUUCACCACAAGAGACGUUUUGGUAGAGGAGUAUAUUUACGCAAUACCAUUGAGUAAGAUGUUAGCUUUGAGCGAAAACUAUGGAAAGAACUUAUCAAAAGAGAUCAGUGACAAGGGUUUGGAUGCAUUUUUAAAGAUGUUGAUUUUGGAUAACUUUGUUCAUGCCGAUUUACAUCCAGGAAACAUGAUGGUUAGGUUUUACAAAAAUGAACACUUUAAACAUGAGAAGGAGUACAAAAUAGUGAAAACUUCAAACGAGCAAGAAACCAACAAGAUUACAGAAGAGUUGUUGAAGUUGGGAAAUAACCAGCCAGCUUGGUGCGAACGUCUAGCUGAGCUCUAUGAGCAUGGCUAUCAUGCCGAGAUCUGCUUUUUGGAUGUUGGAUUGGUCACAGAAUUGAACCAUACAGAUAGAGUCAACUUCAUCGACUUGUUCAAAGCGCUUUCGGAAUUUGAUGGUUACAAAGCCGGUGAGUUGAUGAUUGAGAGAUCGAGAACCCCCGAAACAGCAAUAAAUAAAGAGAUUUUUGCCUUGAAAGUGGAGAAGUUGGUGGAUAGAAUGAAGCUGCGUACCUUCACAUUAGGAACAGUAAGCAUCGGUGAUUUGCUUGAUCAAGUGUUGGGCAUGGUUCGUAAUCAUCAUGUUCGUAUGGAAGGUGACUUUGUCUCAGUGGUAGUGGCAAUUUUGUUGUUGGAAGGUAUCGGAAGACAAUUGGAUCCAAAGUUAGAUCUUUUCCAAAGGUUCGUUGCCACAAUUGCACCAAUUUCAACAAGACAUACAAGCACACCCACAAUGCCAAUCAAGUCACUCGAGACAUAUCUUUUUGAACGGAAACUAGUCCACACAAGCUCCCUCGAUAUAUUAUCAAAUGCCGUGGUUGGUAUCGAUGUUGAGCAUUACCUCAACCGCAUCUACACCUUCAAAAAGGAGCAAUUCUUGGCAGCAAUUGGAGGAGUGCCAAGUUCAUUAAAAGAUUACAUUCAAUCGGAUUUACAAGCCUUCCAAGACUACAACAUCAAACCAUUCUUUGUCAUUCCGGGUUUACCCAUCCAGUCACAAGUUGUCUCAUAUAGACAAAACGAAUUAUCACCACAAGAGCACCAACAGGAUUACACUUGGAACAAAAUCAAUUCACAAGCUCAGCAUCUGUAUCAGCAUCAUUACGAAAAUUUUCGAUCAUAUACCGAAAAUUUACCUUUAGAACCAUUGGUUAAUGAUUUGAUUAAAAUCUUUAUCGAUUUAGGAAUCGACUACUUGAUAACUCCUUACAGUGCAUCAUUCCAAUUGUCAUAUUUGUACCUGGAAAAACUUAUUGAUGCGUUAUACGGAUCGACUGAUUUAUUGCUCACCAAAAUAGACAAGUUUAUCUUAGCAAUGGAGUUUCAAUCCAGAGAAUUCAGGUUUGUUGAUAAAUUUAAAGUGUUGCAAGAAUUGGGCUUGAAUGAACGCCAAUUUCAGGAUUUAAGUUUAAUGGUUGGAUGUGCAAUUCAGCCAACGACGUUCCCCAUGUUUCCUCCAGCACCGAAACCAAUGUCCAACUAUCCCCAAGUCAACAACUUUAAACUUGGUUUAGACAUUGUUUACCAGUAUAUGCAAUUUAGCGGUAAUAAUAUGAAUUUGCAUGGUUAUGUUUUAAGUCUCAAUGAUCCAAAGUUGCUAGACUUGUAUACGAAGGGCCAAACUGCAAUCAAGUAUGCUCCAAUUAUUAACAAGGAGGGGUACACUGAGUUGUACAACGUUGAGUUAUCGAAAUACAAUUUAGAAAGGGACAUUGAUUUCAUAAUUGAAGACGAUCUUAGGACAUCUACGCCUACAAAUCCCAAUGGUGGUAGCAACCCUGCUACUGGAUCAUCGGCAAAGACUAUUGCUAAAGUACCAAUAAACUUGCACGAUAUUAUAUCGCAAAGAUUACCACCCGAGUUGUACUUUUAUCAAUCUAUUGGGUUGCUUCCUUUGAAACUAUUAAACUCGGUCACUGCAGGUCAAUACGACGUUCGUCCGCCUUUGGAAUUGGGCAAUAAUGACACAUACAAGAAGUUGAUUACGUCAAAGUUCUACCUUGACAAUUUGGAUCAGCAAUAUAACUUGGUAACCCAGUUGUUGGCCAGGUACUAUCAGGUUAAGAAAAUCAAAGUCAAGUUUUGGUUCAGGAAUGAGAUUGAGUUGAAUAGUAGGAUUAUGCCCCCUAUUGGCAGACGUAUUGAACACUUGUUUAUAAAUAAAGGCAUUGAGAAGUUUGAUUUGAGAUCAUUUUUUGCCCAAUCAUUGACAGGGGACUACAAGUCGGAUAAUGAGCUUAGCCUUAAUGGGGAUAUCGUGUCGACUGUCGUAUUGAGGGCAUUGUUUUUGUAUGGUAUAGUCGAUGACAAGAGUCAAUUGACUUCUAUCGGUCAAAUCCUUGAGAAAUUUACUCGUGCAAACGAAGAUAUAAGGCCGGACGAAUUGGAAUAUCUCGUAUUGGUCUUGUUGCUUUUGAGAUCGCAAACUUUGAAGCUUAAUGAAGUUAGCAAGGAGUAUCCAAGUGUAUUAAAGCAAUACAAAAACGUGAGUUCAACGUAUGAGCCAAGUAAAGAGGAAGUUGUUUCAAUUAAUCUUGCAUCAAGAGUAAUGUCGUUGAAGAAAUUCAACUCAUCGCCAAUCAACUACCAGGGUCCCAUUUCAAGAAGUUUAUUGAAUUUCCGGUCUCAUGUCGAAUUCAUCAAUUCAACUUUACUUCAUACGAUUGAAUGUGCUUUGGUUGAUUUGGUGGUGAAACAAGAGAAAAAUAACAUCAAGCUGACUUAUGAGAAUAAAGACGAAUGGUUGAAAUUGAUUGAUCAAUUACCAUUUUUUAAGAAUGUUAACAACACGUUGAUGGGUGUCGUAACUGAAAUUUACUUUGAAGUAGCAUUGAAGCAUCAAAAAACGGCUGGUACUGAUGCAACCGAAGCAAGUGCAUUUUCAACCAAUUACCUAACUGACCACAUUUUCCAAGUUCAAAUACCAUCGCACAAUAGUAAUGCCCAUGGAGUAAAUGCUGCCACUGCCGAACAAAUUAAAUCUGAUUUAGGAGAUGCUGUGAGAUGGUGGAAAACGUUUGUCGCUUUUGGUAAGGUGGUCAAUGAAGUGGAUAAAUCAUUAUGCAACGAUUCUUUGUUGCAAGAUAUCACCAAUGCUGACAAAUAUACCACACCCACUACUUCUCCCAUUGCAUUUGAAAAGCCCAAAAUAACAGGCGCUGGUCCCUUUGCCGCACGACCUCAAUUCAAUGCAAUUGGUCACCCAUCAAAUAUCCUCUCUAUUUCCCUCCCACAAUCAUCUAGCAUAUACUUUUCGCAAAGCUCGAUUGUCGCGGCAAAUGUUGAGCUAAACACGAUCCAAUCAGAAGUCAGGUCACUAUAUGGUGUCGCUUACCAACAAUUGAAAUCGACCGAGUCGUCAAAUUUACUCAUUCAUGGGCAAAGUCAUUACCGUGUGUUGGAUGCUGCGCUGCAUUGGACGGUGUUUGACAAUAGACGAAUAAUAGGCUGGACUGGAACCGAUGUGGAUUUUAGCCAAGCUGCCUCCAAUUGGAAUCAUAACGUGGUGGAACUUUCGGGUAAAGGUCAUGUUGUACUCGAAGCAACAUCGGAGAUUUUACAAUUGCAAGUGGAAUCAAACAGUGAAGCAUUCAUCAACCCCAAUGCAUUGAUUGCUGUAAAUACAGGUGCUACCAUCAACCCAGAAGUAUUGAAUCCAGGUACUUAUGAACUACAUAAACUAGAGCUUCCUCAUUUCGAUUGGCCGCAUUGGAUAACAAACCCAAUAAAGCAAGCGCGAGCUACAAUAGAUCAAUUUUGGGCCCAUUUUAAUCCACGUCAACUUAUUUCACCUAUAGCUCCCUAUUGGGCCCCUAUCCAGAGACAACUAAGCAAGUUGUGGCGCUGGACCUUUGUCAAAAUCAAUGGACGUUUAAUUAGAAGGAACCCCAUCUUUUUUAAAAUCACUGGCCCAGCUACUAUUUUAAUCGAUAAUAAGCAAAUGUUGGCCAAUAACAAAUUGUUUACCAGUAAAGAGAUCACCAAGUUAUUCAGGAAAUAG